AUCAAUUAUCAAUAACAAAAACCACAAAACUCAAUUCUAAAGAUGCAACUAAGUGAGUGACUUAUAGUACAAAAAUGGAAGCCCUUCUACUGGAUUAAACUAAAAAAUUUGAGAACAUAGCAUUUGAAUAAGACGUACACAUUGCAUGUCAAUAAAUACUCCAUGGUUAUCACCCUAAGAACAUCACCAUAUUCUAAGACUAUAUUAAACCAAAGACCAUUAUGCAUUUUGCAUAACAGUGUCAAUAGUUUGGACCUGGAGGAGGAAACAAAAUACACCAGGAGUAAAAAAGAGAAAGGUCACUGGUUCAGCUAUACCUCUUGGUAAGGUGAACCAACCAAAUUCUCACAGAACCAUGAACAAGGAAGUAAGAGAAACCAUUUUCAGUUAGAUUUCUUAAUCCCAACUUGGUAAGGUUGAGAAUGAGCUUUCAGAAAAUCUCCCAUCUUCAAAGAAAAAAGAAACCCCCUGAACUUCUCUAAUCAACCCAAUCAAAACGAAAACCCAUCACUUGGAGCUUUCAGAAAAUCUCCCAUAUCCCAAGAAAAGGAAAACCCUGAAGUUUCUAUAGAGAAGAGAGAGAGAGAGAGAGAGAGAGAUGGGGGUCUUUCAUCUUCCUCUCAGAGUCUAGGGUUUUGUUCUCCAAUCUAUUCUGUGUAGAAUUGUAGAUCAAAGAUCAAGAUUCUGAAUCCUAGUUGACGGAAUUUUCGUGCUACUUUAACAUGGAUAUCUCUUAUUGUGUGGGGAAUUUAAUAGUAUAGCCUACAAAGAGGGAAUAUAAUAGGAGAGUUCAUUCAUUUUGAUUUUGAGCUUCUAGGAAAGCCCUAGUUCUCAAACUGCUUUAGCUCUGUAUAGGCUGAUCUUAGUAGGUAGAUGUGCAUCUUGUAAUUAUAUAUAGCUAUAUGCAAAGUCUCAACUAGAAGGGAAAAGGGCCGACAGCGGAAACAAGAAGGCCAUGGAUAGUGGUGAAAAAGAAUGUUCCAAAACAAGCCCUUCUGAGAAAAAUGAUGAUGAGGAUGAGAGCCAAGGGAAAAACGAAAGCUGCACUGUUAAAGAUGGAGGAAGCUCAAGCAACAGCACGGUUGAAGAGAGCGAGAAGAAGCCAUCCGUGAGACCUUACGUUCGAUCCAAGAUGCCUAGGCUCAGGUGGACGCCUGAUCUCCAUAUGCGCUUUGUGCACGCUGUGGAACGACUUGGAGGACAAGACAGAGCCACGCCAAAAUUAGUGCUUCAAUUGAUGAACAUCAAAGGACUCAAUAUUGCUCAUGUGAAGAGCCAUUUACAGGCAAGUCUUGGAGAAACACUAAUAAAGAAAUGUCCAAGAUUCUUCUUUUAAAAAAAAAAAAAAAAAAAA